GCCCCAACUGCCCGGUCGCAGCCCCCCAGCUCGCGCCGCGGGCCCUACCCGACCUCCGACUUUCUGCAUCUCGGCCUUGCAUUCACCGUCCCCUUCCAGGCCCCUUCUGCUAAAAAUCCCCCUUCCUCCUCAGUAGCUCCACUUUAGGGGACCUAGAUCUGUCACAUUUUAGGAUCUUCCAGGAAAACCAGAAAUCCCUACGAUCUUCCUGGAUUACGUCCCUCCCCCUCCUUUUAGGAACUUCUUCUAGCAAAAAUUUACUAUAUUUUUUAACUCAGAAUUUUUUCCUCCAUUCGGUAUCACUACUUUCCAGCACAAAUUUUUUCUUCCCACCUAGAGUCCCACCUUUUGGAAUAUCUUUCUGCUUAUAACAAACCAACUCAAUCCUUCCAGUUUCUCUUUUGUUUAGCAUUUAUGUUUCCAAUCCUCCACCCCAACUUUGCAACAAAAAUCCGUUUUCAUCACCAAUUCCACCCGAAUUAAGCUUCUCCCAGCGAAACCCUAGAUCUAGGUCCCUUCCUGGGGUGGGGGAAAUAAUAAACGGAGAGGAAAAAAUUUCCUCUUACCGAAAUAACCUUUCUUCCCCAUUAGAUCUCCCGUUUAGUGUUGCUUUCUUCCUUUUUCCAAAAAUUGUCCCUCUCCCUAAUUUCACACCUGUGUGCAUGUUUCUUUUGCUACCCAAGUUCUGACGGUACCUUCCUUCCCACCACCUGCUUUCAGGGCAAAAGAAAUUGAAAGUGUCCUGAAUUCACCACCCAGCGUUCCAGGAGGAAAUAUCCAAUGGUGUGAUUGUCACCUGAAUCCCCUCCCUGUGGGGCCUAAACUGGGCUCUCCUGUUGCACGGAGAGUCACUCACUUGCUCUUCUCCUGGAAUUAGCUGCCAUUGAGGGCACUGUCCUCCUUGUCUCCUUACACGUCUUUGCUUGUCCGGAGAGUAGCUCUUGGCCAAGACCUGGCAGUGGAGAGCCAUGGACCAAUACAGCCUUGGGGACGAGGGUGCCCUGCCGUCAGAAAUGCACCUCCCUUCGUUUUCGGAGAGCCAAGGGCUCAACUGCAGCGACACCCUCAACCGGGAUCUGGGUCCCAACACACGAGACCUGCUCUAUGCUGGCCUGAGUGGUUUGGACCUGGACCCCAGCCUCCCAACGCCCGACAUGCCCAGCGAGGCACUAGAGGACAACUUAGACACCCUGUCCCUGUACUCGGGGAAGGACAGUGAUUCCAUGAAACUGCUGGAGGAGUACGCAGAUUCGGAAUCUCAGACUUCCUUGCAAGACCUGGGGCUAGGUGCACUUAAGGUGCCUAAAGAGGUGGAGGAAGGAGGCAGGGCCACCUCUGGGAGUGCCAGGAAAGGAAAGCGGCAGCACAGUUCCCCUCAAAACCCACUUCUGGACUGCAGCCUGUGUGGGAAGGUGUUCAGCAGCGCCAGUUCUCUUAGCAAGCACUACCUGACGCACAGCCAGGAAAGGAAACACGUCUGCAAAAUCUGCAGCAAGGCCUUUAAGCGUCAGGACCACCUGACCGGGCACAUGCUCACCCACCAGAAGACCAAGCCCUUCGUGUGCAUCGAGCAGGGCUGCAGCAAGAGCUACUGCGACUACCGCUCUCUGCGCCGGCACUACGAGGUCCAGCACGGCCUGUGCAUCCUGAAGGAAGCCCCCCCGGAAGAGGAGGCCUGUGGGGACUCCCCCCAUGCCCACGAGACGGCCAACCAGCCACCUCCCAGUAGCCUGCGGUCCCUGGUGCCCCCGGAAGCCAGGUCCCCUGGCUCCCUCCUGCCCAACCGAGACCUCCUGCGCUGCAUCGUGAGCAGCAUCGUCCACCAGAAGAUCCCUUCUCCCGGCCCGGCCCCCGCCGGGUCCUCGGACAGUGAAGGGAGGAACGCAGCCUGCCCCUGCCCCACCCCAGCCGGGUCUUCCUCCUGCACCCCAGCUGGCACCCCGGCACCCCCAGGAGCCCUGGGCACUGAGGUUCCCGAGGAGCCUUGCCUCCCGCAGGAGCCAGCGGCCGACGCGUUCACGGCCAUCCACCCAAGGGCGGCGGAGAACGGCGCCCCCGACCCGCCAGAGCCGGAGCCCCCGCUGCUGCAGCUCCCGUCCACCAUGGAGGGCUGGCCCGAGGGCGGCUCGCUGCCUGCCUGCCUGCCUCUCUUCCGAGGCCAGGCGGUCCCGGCCAGUUCCCAGCCAUCGAGCCACAACUUCCAGUGGCUCCGGAACCUGCCGGGCUGCCCCAAGAGCAAAGGCAACAACGUGUUUGUUGUCCACAAGCCCCCUGUGCCAUCCCGCGAGGGCUCCGAAUCUGGCCCGGGGCCCAGCAGCACCUCCCCAUCGGGGGAGCCCUCGUCCAGCUCGGGCAGCAGCCUGGAGGAUGUGCUGCCCUUCCCCCCCUCGCUCCUGAAGGCACCCGGGGAGGCCUCGGGCGACCCCAGGUGUGCCAGUGGGGAAGACGAUCCCUGGGCUUCCAAGAAGAGGUUUGACUGCGACUCCUUCUCAUGGCAGAGCCCUGGGGAGACUGGCCUCCAGGAUGUCCAGAAACCGGGGGAGCUCCCGUCGGAUGCCACCCCGCUCUUCCGGCAGCUGUUCCUGAAGUCACAGGAGUCGCUGGUGAGCCAUGAGCAGAUGCAAGUGUUCCAGAUGAUCACCAAGUCCCAGCGGAUCUUCUCCCACACCCAGGUGGCGGCGGCCUCCUCCCAGCUCCCCGUGCCCGAGGGCAAGCAGGCUGCCCUGAAGCCGCUGCAGGGGCCGUGGCCACAGCAGCCCGCACCACUGGCCCCCGCUGCCGACUCUGUCCACGCGGGCCCUGGAAACCUGGAGCCAGAGGGAUCCCCAGCCCGCAGGAGAAAAGCCACGCCCACGGCUCCCAGAGAGGCCUCCCCGGGCAGCACAAGACGAGACUCAAAGGCAGGACUGAAAGUCGCCACUGCUCUGCCGUCCCUCACAGGGCCAUCUCUGGACCCCUCCGGGAAUCCAGACAUCUCUUCUGUGGCCAAGCAGCUGCGAUCCUCAAAAGGCACCUUGGACCUGGGGGACAUCUUCCCUGCCACCGGCUCGCGGCAGACCCCGCUAGGUGGGGAUGAGCCCGGAGCACAGCUGCCUGGGAAGCAGCCUCAGGCCGAGAACGGCGCGACUUCAGGGGCCACCAAAGGUGAGAAGGGCCCAGGCUGCUCCCGGGGCGGAGGCUGCAGGCUCUUCUCGGGGAACCCCAGAGCCCAGCGAUUCUCAGGCUUCCGGAAGGAGAAGGUGAAGAUGGAUUUGUGCUGUGCAGCUUCCCCCAGCCAGGUAGCCAUGGCCUCCUUCUCGUCGGCCGGGCCUCCCUCGGAUCCCCCCCGCGACCCCAAGUCCAAGCUGACAAUAUUCAACAGAAUCCAGGGUGGAAACAUCUACAGGCUCCCCCAUCCGAUGAAGGAAGAGAACACGGCAGGUGGAUGUAACCAGCAAAACGGGGGCCCCACAGACCGGACAGAGCCAAGGAGCACUUACGUCUGCAAGAAUUGCAGCCAGAUGUUUUACACCGAGAAAGGGCUGAGCAGCCACAUGUGUUUUCACAGCGACCAGUGGCCGUCGCCUCGAGGGAAGCAGGAGCCGCAGGGGUUUGGCACGGAGUUUUGCAAGCCACCGAGACAGGGGCUGAGGACAGAAGGGGAUGGACAGAGUCCCCCAGGAACCAAGAAGUCCAUGGACAUCACGGCCGCAGCCCCUUUGGUGAUCCCUGUGUCGGUCCCUGUGGCUCCAGCGAACCGACACGCAGGGAGCACGGCCAGGGGACAGGAGAGAGACGGGGAGGAGAGAGACAGCAAGGAGAGCAGCCAGCACAGAAAGCGCAAGAAGCGCCCCCAGCCCAAGGCGCUGUUCAUGCCGCCCCCACCGUCCACCUGUGGGGAGCUGGGCCCGGGACGAUGCCACCAGAGCUGCCUGCGGUCUCCAGUGUUCCUGGUGGACUGCCUCCUGAAGGGCCUCUUCCAGUGCUCCCCCUACACACCGCCACCCAUGCUCAGCCCCAUCCGCGAGGGCUCGGGGCUGUACUUCAACACUCUCUGUUCCACCUCGGCCCAGGCCGGCCCCGACCAGCUCAUCAGCUCCAUGCUUGAUCAAGUGGAUGGCUCUUUUGGCAUCUGCGUGGUGAAAGACGACACCAAGAUCAGCAUUGAACCACACAUCAACAUAGGAAGCCGGUUUCAGGCCGAGAUCCCGGAGCUGCAGGAGAGAUCGCUGGCCGGCAUCGAUGAGCAUGUCGCCUCUCUGGUCUGGAAGCCGUGGGGAGAUGUGAUGACCAACCCGGAGACACAGGACAGAGUGACCGAGCUCUGCAACGUGGCGUGCUCCAGCGUGAUGCCGGGCGGGGGCACCAACCUGGAGCUGGCGCUGCACUGCCUGCAUGAGGCCCGGGGCGACGUUCAGGUUGCCCUGGAGACUCUCCUCCUCAAAGGACCCCAGAAGCCGCGCACUCACCCGCUCGCCGACUAUCGCUACACAGGUUCAGACAUCUGGACUCCCCUGGAGAAGAGGCUCUUUAAGAAGGCGUUCUGUGCCCACAAGAAGGACUUUUUCUUGAUACACAAGACGAUCCAGACAAAGACGGUAGCCCAGUGUGUUGAGUAUUAUUACAUCUGGAAGAAGAUGAUCAAGUUUGACUGCAGCCGAGCCCCAGGGCUAGAAAAGAGGGUCAAGAGAGAGCCAGAUGAGGUGGAAAGGACGGAAGAGAAGGUCACUUACAGCCCUCGGGAGAGACCCAGCCACCGUCCCACUCCCGAGUUGAAGAUAAAGACCAAGAAUUACAGGAGGGAGUCCAUCCUCAACUCCAGCCCAAAUGCGGGUCCCAAGCGGACACCCGAGCCGCCAGGCAGCGUGGAGAGUCAGGGCGUUUUUCCAUGCAGAGAGUGUGAGAGGGUGUUCGACAAGAUCAAGAGUCGAAAUGCCCACAUGAAGCGGCACCGCCUGCAGGACCACGUGGAGCCCAUCGUCAGGGUGAAGUGGCCGGCGAAGCCCUUCCAGCUGAAGGAGGAGGAGGAGGAGGAGGAGGAGCUAGGGGCAGACAUCGGGCCCCUGCAGUGGUGACUCCAGCAGGCAGCAAAUCUGGAUGGGGCCUCCAGCCCUGUCACUCCUCCCUCGGCCUCUCCAGGGGGUUUGGGGCACCGCUCUGCCUCCCCCACCCUCCCUGUCCCCCACUGGCCAGCCUGGCGAGCAGACGCGGCGGGACUCUGGCCACAGACGGGCAGGAGAGGCAGAGUCAUCAGGCGAGUCUGAAAGCCCUUCGGGUGGUGCCCGAGGUUCCAUUUUGUUAGGUUAAUAGUCUCUCCCUGUCUUUCAAUUCCACUUCUAGAGCAGGGAGGCUCGGGAGGGAAACAGUUAGGUCUGGGUAGCUCUUAAAUCUUAGCCUCGGUUGUGGGGUUUGGUUACAUUUGUUAGAUAAGGCCAAGAUGUAGAGAAUCAGUGGGAAAACACCUCGAGAUCUCCAACAUGUUGGGGCCCCCUCCCCGGGACAGGGGUCGGUCUUUCUGCAUUCUGGAUUCAGUCCCUCGUCGUGCAGUGACUUGUACAUUGUUAGGUGUGUUUUUUGUACGUGUCUACUUGUAAAUCUUAUUAAAUUGGAUUCUUGAGCA